CGUCGUCGUCGUCGUCGUCGUCGUCGUUCCCACCGUCAGUCAUCCGACCAGCCAGCCAGCAGUCAGCACAUCUAGCCAAGGACCAAGGACAAAAAAAGACCAAAAACCAAAAACGACAAACCAACCAACCAGCAACAAGACGACGCAAUACUACCACCGGCAUCAACCACAGCCGAACCACGAGAGGACAGCAGGUCCCACGACGACAGGUCCGACCGCCCGCGGCGGCAGGGAACGGCUACCAGCAAAGAGAGAGCCGAGGACAGCGCUGGGCCUGUGCGGCAGUACAUGUAUAAUUACGUGCUGGGGCUGCUGGGUUGACCGUCAACUACCACCAAACCCCCCAAGGCACUGCACCAGACGCAAUCGCAACCGAUGAAGCGGCGACACAAUGUGGCCCAUCUCUGCAAGACGGGAAGGCGAGGGAGCGGCAGGUGACGUGAAGGUUUCGUUGCCCCCGCAGCUCGACCUGCGCGACAGACGCUUCCAGCUGGGGUCGGCCACUGGCAGCAGCAGCUUGGGCGCAGGGCCGAGCGCCACCGAGGCACAGGCGCAGGUGCAGGCGCAGGCGCAGGCACAGGUGCUCGCACAGGCGCAGGCACACCUCGACUCCUGCCAGGACGCCAACGUGCCGGGCGCAGCAGCAGCCGUUGCGCUAGCGGCCGCCCUCCAUGCGGGGGCCACCACCACGGCCGAGGCCCUGGCCCUCGGGAGCAGCGCUCCCCUAGCCCAUGGAGCUGCUGCUUCCGCUAGACACCACCAGUACAACCACCCCGCCGCCUCCCCCGCGUCGCUGCUAUUAAAAACAGCUCGCGCGAGCACCAGCGCCGCUAGCUCCGACGCACCCCCGCCGUCGUCGCGAUCGAGCGCAAAAGCCGGCAAGCAGCGCGAGACGAGGCCCGACGAGCCGCAGUCGCCCAGAGGAGCAGCAGCAGCAGCCACCGCCCAGAGCCCCUCGAAACGACCGCGCAAGACCAGCAGCCCGCGCCCGUCGUCGCCGUCCAGGGAAGCAAAGGAGCGCCGCCUGGCCAAGCUGCGCCGGCGGGCGGCCAAAAAGGCCAUGGAGCCGCCCGUGCUGUCCUUCUACGGCGCCAAGCCCGUGCCGCUACCCUCGCGCUUCGCCACCGUCAAGCGCAACCUGAUCGACGGUCAUGAGGACGCUGUGGCCGCCAGCUGGGGCCGCCUGCUUGACGCCCUGGGUCGCGAGAUGGCCGCCAUCCGUGCAAAGUCGUCGUCGCUUGAGCUCAUGAUGGGUGCCAUCGACUUUGCCGACAUCGACCAGCCCGCCCGCGUCGCCGAGUUCAGCGCCCUGCUCAAGCGCUUCGGCGUCGGCGUCGUGCGCGGUGUCGUGCCGCAGUCGGACACGAAGCGCUGGGUCGACGAGACGCGCCGCUACCUCGAGACCAAGCACGACAUCAAGCCGCCCCCGCCCCAGGACCCGACCUGCUUCGACUUCUUCUGGACCCCGGCCCAGAUCCGUGCCCGCGCCCACCCCCACGUCCUGCGCGCCAUGAAGUUCGCCAUGAGCCUGUGGGACUGCGAAUCCGACGACCGCAUGGCCACGCGCUUCCCCAUCAACUACGCUGACCGCCUGCGCAUCCACGUCAAUAUCCACGCCGCCACCUCGUCGCCCUCGGAUCCCACCCCGGCCGCUCCCAUGUCGCUGUCCAGCCCCGCUGGCCCUGCUGCUGGCACUGCCAAGGAGCCGCCUUCUGAUCGCGAGGGCUCGUCGGCGGCCACGCCCGACCCAGCCGCCACGGGCAAAAAGUCCAACGGCGCCGGAGCAGGAGCCGGCUCGAGCAGCUCGCCGGUCCAGCCCGAGGCCCACGUCGUCGAGGUGGCCGCAGCCGCAGCCGCCGCAUCUGCCGCCGUCGCCGCCGCAGCAACCGCCAGUGGCACGCAGCCCAUCAUCGCGCAGGUCGACGGCGGCAGCUUGGAGCGCUGGGAGCCCGACGGCUACGGCCGCAGCGGCACCUACGACUCCAUCUUCCGCGGCGACUGGGAGUCGUACGACCCCUGGGACCCGACCGGUCGUAUCAGCGCCACCUCGGACCUGUACAACGGCGCCGGCGCCUGCAGCAUCUUCCGCAUGUUCCAAGGCCUCGUGGCCCUCACCCAGGUUCAGCCCGGCAUGAUCCGCCUGCUGCCGUCGCCCAAGCUCGUUACGGCCUACUUCCUGCUGCGGCCCUUCUUCUCGCCCAAGACGCCGCCGCCGCCGCCGGGCAACCAGGAGGGCCCCGAGUGGGACGCCUUCCUGGCCGCCGACAACUGGGUGCUCGACAAGGAGCAGAGCACCAUCAUACACGGCGCCGUGCCCGGCCACGCCCAGCGUGUUACGGAGCUGUGGCACCCGCAUCUCGACCUCAAGCGCACACUCGUCACGCCGCCGAACCUGCAGGCCGGCGACUACAUCAUCUGGCAUUGCGAGACCGCCUACACCAUCACGUCGUCGAUAGACAGCCGCCCGAGCACCCCGGGCGGUGCCGGCGGUGAGGCUGCCGACAAGGCUGCCGCGAGCCUCGCCGCUACCGCUGCCGCUGCCGCUGCCGCCGUCGCCGCCGCCGUCGACGCGCCCCGCCACGAGCGCUUCAUGGUGUACGCCCCCGCGUGCCCGCUGACGCAGACCAACGCCCUCUACCUGGCGCGCCAGCGCAAGGCCUUCCAGCGCGGGCACCCCGGGCCGGACUUUGACACGACGGGCACGGGCCUGGGCACCGAGGCGCCGCACAUAGACCGCCUGGGCGAGAAGGAGAUCCGCGAUGUCGGCGGCGUCGAGGCCCUCCGCGCCAUGGGGCUCGCGCCGUGGGACUCUGGCACCGGCUCGUCGCGGAAGCGCAAGGCGACGGAGCCGGCGCCUGGCGACAGCAUGGAUGUCGACUCGGCGAAGAAGGCCGAGGACGAGCCGGCCGUCAAGAUGGAGGUGGACGAGCCGGCCGAGGAGAAGCCCGUGUCGUCGUCGGCGUCGUCGUCGUCGUCGGCCGGCACUCCACUGGCGCUGUCGCCGGCCGAGGCCGAGCUGGUGCGGCUCGCCAACAUCAUUCUCUUUCCGGACAAAUACGAGUUUUACAUGGCGACGCGGCACAGCACGCCCGAUGGCGGCAGGGGUUGA